AGCAGCAUGUCUCUGGUGAGGCGAGAGAAUAUUCCAGCAGUAAAGACAGGCAUUGAGAUGACGUGCUAUAUAAGCAGUGUGAUCCUGAAGUGCGCAAGAAAUUGAAUCCCCCACAUUGUUCUUCCCGCAACUGCCAAUUUCUCUUGCAAAUAAUCUACAUUGCAUCCAGCACAUCUCCAGUCACACUUCUUUUGCUUAAAUACAAACACUGCAAUAAACAUGUCUGACGGAAACAAGAACUCAACAUCCACGCUACAGUCCUACAUCGACUCUGCGUCCGCUACUGUGUCGAGCGCCAUCAGUUCCAUCACAGGCAACGCAGCCGAUCAAGCAAAGGCUGACCAAAAGAAGGCGGAGGCGCAAGCAGAAUCCGACCUCUCUCACGCGGGCGCAAACCUAGGACCGGUCUCCGUAUCUGCGUCAGGAGUUGCAGCAAACGACCCCAAUCGCUCGGCUGGAUCUUGGAACCAGACGAUCGGCGCCGGCAAGGAGUUCGUCGGAGGUCUCAUUGGAGCUGAGGGGCUGAAAAAUGAAGGCAUCAAGCAGAACCAGGAGGGCAAAGCCCAGGAAGCGCAGGGCCAAUUGAAUGAUCUAAGUUCGGGCAUUGCAGACCGUGCUAAGGGAGCUGUGGGCGGCGCCAUUGCAGGUCUGACUGGCGAUACCGCUGAGCAGGAGAGACGCCAGCUGCAGCACGACCAGGGCAAGACACUGCAGCGCGGCGUCGAGGCCGAUCUGCAGUAGCAAGCCUCGUGAAGAAGGGAUUCAGGGCGAUUUGUUAGCGUGAUUAAGCUUGGAUUGAUGAAUUUCCUUUGUUCAUGAUACCACUCACGAAUCUCUUCAUCGCAUGCAGUCGAGUAGGCAGUAAGACUAGCAAGCAACACCAUAAUGUCCCCACAAAAGCUAAGCAGGACCAGAAAACAUCUUUUUAAACUCGACAUGUAUGAUCCCACUUCCUUCAAACAUUGCUCUUCGCUUUCCAAGCACAUCCACAGGUCUCAGGCCCAAUUCCUUGACAAAAACAUCCAUGCCUUUUACAACUUCGGCGUGCUCCCGAGUGGCCCUCCACUUCCAGUGAUCAUCCACACUAUCAUAUCCAAAAACACCAGUAAAGACGGUCGUAUUGUC